GCAUGGGCGUAUAAGCGUAAUGCGCAUGCGCGCAAGCGGUGCCCAGCGUGACCGUGUUUCAGUGCGCGUGCAGUUUAAACCAGCGACUCGGUUGAAAUGGAGACUUUUAUUAAUCUGACCAAUCAGAGCCAAGGAAGGGACCGUAUUUUCAGGGCGACGCAGUACGCAUGCGCCUGGGCCAAGUAUCUGCUUCGAAAUGACGCGCAGAGGAAAGUUGUGGUGCAAAAGUUGGCGAGUUUGGAGUCCAACAUGAGCGCAGGACGGAAGCUAUUCAGACUCGGGAAUACAGUGAACUCGAUUGACGCAGCCAGGAGAAGUCUGUACCAGCCCGACCCUGUGCUGCGGUUUUGCCUCACUGUGGCCAAUCUGAACCGUUCGCUUUAUUUCGUUUGCGAUAACGUCCUCUGGGCCAGAAGCAUCCACCUGAUCCAAGAUUUGGAUAAGGACAGAUGGAGCGUAAACGCCAACCGGUAUUACUUUUUCUCCUUGGUGAUGAAUCUCAUCCAGGACGCGUAUCUGAUCGGCCAGCUCAUGCUCCGCAAGUCUCGAGACGGACAACAUCGCCAGAAAGUCGAACGUCACCUCGACGAGAGCCAGGAUGUCGCAACGGUCAUAAUUCCACAGCUGGAUGCUUUCGUUUUCCUUCUAAUUGAGAGCCUCAGGAGUCACCCAGCUCUUGCUCUUGAUGCGCUGAAGAACGUAUGCGAUCUUUUCAUCCCUUUAGAUAAGCUAGGACUUUAUAGGACAAAUGAAGGGGUCACGGGAUUCUGUGGACUCGUUUCAUCCCUUAUCGGCAUACUGCUGCUCUUGAAGCCCGGUUUAAAAAACAAACCCUAAGAGAAGGUGCUCUCACUCACCCAAGGCUUGAAGCUCAGAGGAAAAAGAACUUUAGAGUCUUGGAUGAAUCACUGUGGUGAAGGAGUAACUACCAGAGAGAAUAUUUGAUAUAUGAAUAAAAAUAAUAUGCUUAGUUAAGUAGUUAUCUUUGUGCUGUGAAUCCUAAAUGAGAUUUUCAGUUUGAAACUGAGCCCAUUUUAACACUCACUGUCCACUUUAAUAGGAACAAGUGUAGACCUGCUCAUUUAUACAGUUAUCUGAUCAGCCAAUGUGGCAGCAGGACGAUGCAGAAAAAAUAUACGGAUGCAGGUCAAGAGCUUCAGCUAAUGUUCUUAUCAAACAUCAGGCUGAAGUAAGAGUCUGAUCUCUUUGACUUGGCCUGGUGCCAGAUCUCCUGUAAUUUUCCCAUAAACUGUCCCUAGAGUUUUCAGAGAAUGGUGCGAAAAAUAAAACACUGAUUGAGCAACA